GCGGAAGCUGCGCCUGCGCUGUGAGAACAGAAGGGAAUUUUAUAUAUUUAUAUAUAUAUUUCCAUUGAGGGAGAGAAGCCGAAGCCGGGUGAGAGGCUCGACUGACUGGUAGCGACUGCGUUGCACCCGCCGCGCCACUGAACCCGCCAGGGCCAUGGCAAGUCCAAGAACAAGGAAGGUCCUUAAAGAAGUGCGAGUGCAGGAUGAGAACAAUGUUUGUUUCGAAUGUGGUGCAUUUAACCCUCAGUGGGUGAGUGUGACCUAUGGAAUUUGGAUCUGCCUGGAAUGCUCAGGAAAGCAUAGAGGCUUGGGUGUUCAUCUCAGUUUUGUGCGCUCUGUCACAAUGGACAAAUGGAAGGACAUUGAACUGGAGAAAAUGAAGGCUGGUGGUAACCGUAAAUUCCGGGAGUUUUUAGAGACUCAAGAGGACUACGAUCCUUGCUGGUCGCUGCAAGAGAAGUACAACAGUAAAGCAGCCGCGCUCUUCAGAGAUAAGGUGGCAGCAGAAGCGGAAGGUAAAGAAUGGUCAGUUGAAACUUCUUCUGCCAGAAACUGGACUCCACCUCAGCCCAAGGUUGCUCUGUCCUCAGCUCACCGGAGCUCUGCUGGACAGCCCCAGAAUACUGGUGCCCCUUCUGAAAAAGCCUUCGAAGAUUGGUUAAAUGAUGAUCUUGGCUCCUAUCAAGGGGGUCAAGAAAAUCGUUAUGUGGGGUUUGGGAACACAGUUACGCCUCCCAAAAAGGAAGAUGACUUUCUCAAUAAUGCCAUGUCCUCUUUGUAUUCAGGGUGGAGUAGUUUUACUUCUGGAGCGAGCAAGAUUGCUUCUGCAGCUAAAGAAGGCGCUACCAAAUUUGGAUCUCAAGCAACUCAAAAGGCUUCAGAGUUAGGUCAGAGUAUAAAUGAAAAUGUCCUCAAACCUGCACAGGAGAAGGUAAAAGAUGGAAAAAUUAUGGAUGAUGUUUCCCAGGGAGUCUCGCAUUUGGCUUCCAAGGUCCAGGGAGCAGGUAGUAAGGGAUGGCGAGAUGUUACCACUUUCUUUUCUGGAAAAUCAGAUGAGUCUUCUGAAAGGCCGCCAGAGGGUGACAGCUACCAGAACAACAGUGGCGAAGGCUACCAGAACAAUGCAGUGGAUCAAAGCUUUUGGGAGACCUUUGGCAAUUCGGAUCCGCCCAAAACCCACAAGUCCCCGAGCAGCGACAGCUGGACGUACGUGGACAAUUCUACCGAGAAGAAGAGCUCUGAUAGCUGGGAUGUCUGGGGGUCGGGGACAGUCUCUAAUAACAAGAACAGUAACAGUGACAGCUGGGAAAACUGGGAGACCAACUGGGAGAAUGCAGCCGGGGAGGGCAAAACCAAAACGACCCCUAAGAAGACGACAAAAGAAUCAUCUUCAGCGGCUGAAGAAGGCUGGGAUAACCAGAACUGGUAGGACUUGCAUCCCUGCCCAUCAUGGCAGAGGGGAAAGUCAUACUUCUGAUGGAAAGGUUUCCCAUGUAACUGGAUUAACGUCCUUGUCAUUUCUGGGCCUGUUUAAACCUCAUGCUUACUGUUCCAUUCUCUUUCCACUCCUGUUUACAACUACUACUACUAUAAAAAAAAGACAUUGGUUUGUAGAUCCUUGUAAUUACCGUAUGAAGACGUGUUUCUCCCAUGGAAAUGAACUUGUUCAUUCUUAGAUAUAUUCUCACCAUGCUGCUGUUGUAUGCGGAGCAUGCCGACUUCCUAAAGCGAGAGCCUGGAGGAAGUAAGUCCAUGCAAGUAUACUUUCAUAGCACAGUGCUGCAUGUGUAGUCUUGCGAGAUUGCCCAGCUUCUCAUUGGAAUUUCGGGUGAAGUUCUGGAGAACUUCUGGAUAAGAUGAGUAUCUUCAACUGAUUGCAGAUUACUGAACAAGAUUACAGAUUAGUGGACUGAGACUGAAGUUGACGGGGUGGGUUUGAAACAAUAUGAAAUGGUAAUUAAGAUGCUCUUGAAGCAGUUUUUAGGUUUAUCAGGGUGUGAAAUGAAAAACAAUAACUAUUUACCUUAUUCACCUAAAUCUCGUAUGCCGCAGAAGAAACAAGGUUUGAGCUUCUUCCGUAUGAACUCUUGGAGAGUCGAGAGCAAGACACUUCCUUUUCCUGCCCUUGGUAGUUUCCAUUUCUUUUUAAAAAUUAAAUGAAAAAUGUCACAUUGUUUUUGUUCCCUCGAAGGUUCCAUUCAUCCAGAAAUGACAAAGUGUUUGGAAGGAUUAGACAAGAUAGUUGAACAGAACUCAUGAAUGACAGAAGCAAAUUUCUUGAGCGACCGAACAUGAAUUUGGUACUUUGACUGCAUUUAUAGAUAAAAUCAGUAUAUAAGAUUCCAAAAUAGAUCCCUCUCCCUCCC